AUGGAUGGAAAUCAACUUGUAGUAACUUGUUCGAUUUCACAGAAUAAAAAUUCUUUCAUACCUACCUACGCCCUUAUUGAUACCGGAGCAUCAGGAUAUGCUUUUAUUGACGAAUCUUUUGCACGCCACAACAAUCUUACAAUGACCCCCCUCAAAAUACCCCGCCAUGUAGACGUUAUAGAUGGAAGGCCUAUCAAAUCAGGAAAAAUUACCCAUAUUGUCGAUGUCUCGCUAGACAUUCAUGGUCAUCGGGAAGUUGCGCUAUGUUUUGUAACGAAUGGAACUGCAGUUAUUGUUCAUGGCAUCUCGAUUCCCUUACCGGAACACCAUACGGUCAUCGUUUCAGCAACUGAAAAAUCUACGGUCAAUAUUGAACAAUUAGUACCGAAAGAGUUUCACCAUCGUCUCCAUAUGUUUAAAGAAUACGAUGCUUCAAUUCUCCCACCACAUCGACCAUCCCACGACAUCGAGAUAAUACUGGAAGAAGGUAAACGACCACCAUAUGGACCUAUAUAUGGAUUGUCUCAAAUUGAGUUGAAAGCACUACGGGAAUAUCUUGAUGAAAAUUUACCUAAAGGAUUCAUUCGAGCCAGUGAAUCACCAGCGGGAGCACCUAUAUUGUUCGUAAAGAAAAACGAUGGAACUCUUCGACUUUGUGUUGAUUAUCGAGGCCUAAAUGCGAUUACAAUUAAAAAUCGAUAUCCGUUACCAUUGUUAAAGGAAACCUUAGCUAAGUUGUCAAGAGCAAAAUACUAUACAAAGUUGGAUUUACGAUGGGGAUAUAAUCAAAUCAGGAUAGCGGAAGGAGAUGAAUGGAAAACAGCAUUCUGGACUCGAUAUGGACAUUUCGAAUAUACAGUAAUGCCGUUUGGAUUAGCUAAUGCCCCUGCUACAUUUCAACAUUGGAUUAAUGAUAUUCUACGUCCCUACCUCGAUCAAUUCGUAACGGCAUACUUAGACGAUAUCCUUAUCUAUUCCGAGACCCUAUCAGAACAUAAAGAACAUAUUCAAAAGGUUCUAAAGGUACUUGAUAAGAAUCAUGUUCACCUUAAACCUGAAAAAUGUGAAUUUAUGGUUCAAGAAACAAAAUACCUUGGUCUAAUCCUUACUCCGAAUGGGAAUAGAAUGGACCCAAAGAAAGUCGUCGAUGUCUUAGAAUGGACCACACCGACAAACCUUCGUGAUGUUCAAGUAUUUCUGGGAUUUGCAAAUUUCUAUCGACGAUUUAUUCUAGGAUAUUCGAAAAUUGUUGCUCCGCUUACAGCUUUGACAAAGAAAAACGUUAAAUUUGAAUGGACGGAUGAAAGGGAGGAAGCAUUUCAAACUUUGAAAAAGAUGUUUACAACGGCACCGAUACUAGCUCAUUUCAAUCCGGAUCGAAAAAUUGUGAUAGAAACCGAUGCAUCCGACUAUGUUUCAGCAGGAAUCCUAUCUCAACGUGACAAUGAAGGAAUCCUACAUCCAGUCGCUUUCUUCUCCAAGAAACACUCUCCUGCAGAGUGCAAUUACGAAAUCUAUGAUAAAGAACUUUUAGCAAUUAUACGAUGCUUCGAAGAAUGGCGACAUCACCUAGAGGGAGCUCAAUUUCCAAUUGAAGUUCUUAGCGAUCAUCGGAAUCUUGAAUAUUUUAUGACAACAAAAUUGUUAAAUCGUCGACAAGCCCGUUGGUCCGAAUUUCUUUCACGCUUUGAUUUCGUCAUACAAUUUUGGCCAGGAAAACAAGGAACAAAACCAGAUGCAUUGACUAGAAGGAACUAUGAAGCCAAGGAAUACAACCGAGGCGAAGACGUGGACGUAGGAGGUGACCUACCUAAAGAGGGGGAUGAACGGUUGACGCAUCAGAGUCAAGUGAUUUUGAAGCGAAAAAAUUUGGAUAUCAAGCUAAGUUUGUUCGCGGGUUCUUUGUCAAAUGAAUCCGCUGAAGGAGCGUCCACUGUAGAGGAAUUAUUUUCAAAAGCUUACCAAGUCGAUAGUUUUCCAAACAAGAUCCUCACUAUGCUUCGGAAUGGCGUUCGCCACUCAAAUAAAAUCUCGCUUGCCGAAUGUACGGAAGUUAACAACGGUCGGCUACUUUAUCGAGGCAGGCUAUAUGUACCAGACGAUGAUGACCUCCGACUAAGGCUUUUAAAAGAAUACCAUGAUAAACCAUCCGCAGGACAUCCGGGUAGAGCAAAGAUAUUGGAACUUCUAAACCGAGAAUAUUAUUGGCCACAAAUGCGAAAAUACAUCGAUCAGUACGUUAGAAAUUGCAAUAUGGAUGUAUCAAUGGACUUUGUUACUGAUCUUCCUGAGAGCAAUGGAUAUAAUGCAAUCUUGGUUGUGGUGGAUAGAUUAACCAAGAUGCGACAUCUAAUACCAACGACUAAAGAGGCAGAUUCAAGGGAAGUGGCGAGGCUGUAUAUCGAUAAUGUUUGGAAACUGCAUGGAUUACCGGAUACUAUUGUAUCCGAUCGAGGAACACAGUUCGUUGCAGAAUUCUGGAGGUCGCUUUGUGAUCGAUUGGAAAUAUCACCAAAAUUCUCUACCGCAUUCCACCCUCAAACAGAUGGACAAACGGAAAGAAUCAAUGCCGUAAUGGAACAGUACCUCCGAAGUUAUGUUUCCUACCAACAAGAUGAUUGGGCUCGAAUGCUACCAAUGGCUUAA